AUGAUCGCUAAGGUUGCUAUCCUUUUUGCUGUACUCGCAGCAGUAAACGUUAGUGCUCUCUUGGGACAUGGCGCCCUGGUCAACACUGGAGUCAGUACCAGAUCUCAAACUCAAGAUGCAUAUGGAAACUAUGCUUUCGGUUAUGACAUCAAGGAUGGUCUUGGUGCUACCAACUCACGAUCUGAAGUAGGUGAUGCCCACGGAAACAAGAAAGGAACCUACACCCUCGCUGACAUCGACGGACGAGUCCGACGAGUCGACUACGUUGCUGACGGACACGGAUUCCGAGCCGUUGUCAAGACCAACGAACCAGGAACCGCCGCCAGUGCCCCAGCAGCUGCCCUCGUGGCCAGCCCCUACGCCGGACCCGUCGCUCCUGUCGUCAACCACGUAGCCCCAGUAGCACCCGCUGUUGUUGGUCACGCUGUAUCCUACGCAGCCCCAGCUCUUGGAGCCCCUGUUGCUUAUGGCGGUGUUCUUGGACAUGGAGCUGCUUUAGGUGUUGCUGCACCUCUUAGUUUGGGAUAUGGAUCUGCUCUUGGAUAUGGUUUGGGACUUGGAAAGGCUCUCAUUCAUUAA